AUGUCGUCAAAUGUAUUUGAAAAUCUACAGUCUCCCGUCUCAUAUGACGCCGAGAUCGAUAAAGGAUGGCAGCUAAUCUCAGAAAAAGGCGAUAACCCUGUUAUGAGAAUAUUGGAAGUUCUGCAGGAUACGUAUUGGAGAGCCGUGACGGAUGAGAUCGCCAAUGCACUUUUAGCGUUUGACGACUACAAGACGUUUUGUCCCGACGGCUUGCCAAAGAUUGGGGAGGAUGAGCUCGAAAGCGAGUAUCUCCAAGAGCUAGUGGACUUAUGGGAUCCACUGGGACUAUCUGAUGACAAGAAGAAGGAUCUGUGUGAGAAGGUCCUGCAUAAUGUCAAAAGAAGGCAAGACUUAUCAACUGACGAGCUGUUGGCUCGCUCCUUACUUCAAGCAUGCGGGUUGACGGAUUAUGAUUUUGUGCAGGAGUAUAGAAAGCCGACCUUUCCAUCCCUGGGUCCUGCAGCUCAAGGGCGUCACUCGUCCCGGGAGGUCAGAGAGUUUCUCCAUCCGGAGGAUUUCAGGACUAUCCACGGCUGCGAUGUCCACUGCGCACAGCUGUACUCUGUAUCUCCCGACCGCAGGGUGUAUGAAGCGACCAAAAAGGUCCGGGAUCGACGAUUUCUCUGCGCCAGGAAGCAGCUCUCCGGCGGUCUAUUCAGCGGGUUCAACGAGGACUUUCGGUGGAAAGCCGGAGAAGACCAAAUCGUCGCCCUAUUCCUCGCUUUCGCAGAGGCGUGGAGGACGAAUCGAUCGCCAGUUCAACCGGAAGCAUACAAUCGAGAGCUUCUACUGGGUUACGCAUCGGCAAUCACGCAAGUCAUGCAGUUCUUUUUCGAUGAGAUUAAACUGCAUCUCUUUAUGUUCGCGCAAAAACUGGGCAAGACGCAGAAACUGGCCUACAGUCGGAUGAGCAACAAUUGCCAGGACUUUUGUAAUGGCCUCGUCACCUACAAGGAAGUCUUCGUCUAUUCCCCCUUUGAUGUCAUGUACCCUUUUCUACCAGUCUCUCUAUCUCUGGACAUUGAGAAGAAACCGGAAGAAGAUUGCCUUUGCUACCUGCAGAGUUUUGUCAAGCCUCUGCAGUACCCGAUUCCGGGAUUCAGAAGCAGGCGAGCGAUGCUCGGUUCGGCCAUUAAUUUGUACUCGGCGUCCGCCCAGAAUGACGCCGACCUCAUUGACCACGUGUGGGGUGUUCGCUUCGGCCAAGAUCCUGAUGACGACUCCUACCUGGGAUUUUAUACUGGGGAUGACCGUGGCGGCGAUCCGUACCUUCUCAAAGACGAAGAAAUGAGCUGCUCGGAUCGAUUCGCAACCCACAUGCUCCCUGGCCAAUGCCAAUCGAAGCGCUGCACCCUGGCAGACCAUCUGCUGGACUGUCCGGUUGACAACCUGUCGGUCCUCCAAACACAUUUGCUGCGCGCCCAGAAAUACUAUUACAACCGUAGAGGCGAGUUUCUUUCUGAUCUCGGCACGAAAGCCUGGGUCACCAAUCGACUCGAGAUACUCGAUCGACUCCGAGUCCUCAACGACUUUCUGGCCGAGAUUGCCCUUCAGUUCCAGAACAGCUGCAAGGAGGUCCUCUCGCCAGGCUGUACCGUCAAGGCAGUGCGGAAGGUCUGGAAACCGGCCGACACGCUCUUCUCACGAGCAUGGCAUGGAGAUAAACGAGUAGGAGACCGCCUGCACCCUGCACCGGAUAUUGAUUUUGGUGACGGCGAGUUGAACAACUGGAAAGCAGUCGGGUUACUUACGCUGGGAUUCCCACUGUUCCAGACGCAUCGGCAGAUGCUGGACCGGCGUGAGUUGUUCACGACCCGACUGAAGACACUCGCAUCACUGCUUAGUACGAAAGUAGCCGGGAAAGGCGAAGUCUGGUCGCCAUGGAAGUGGUGUACGUGCUCCGAUUGCAAGGUGUAUCGAUUGCGCCAUAUUUGCUCUCGGAUGGACUCGAAUUUCAUAAGUACCGUUAACAGCGACGGGGCGAAGCCCGUCAUUCAGCCGGGCCAUCCCGACUAUGUCUCGCCUUUGGAAGUGCUAGAUGCGCUGAAGGACGGGGUGUUUUGGAAGGACGCGCUGGAUGACUGUCGAUAUGAGUUGGAGAAGGAGGUGAGACGUCAUGACGUGAUGGGAUUGACAUGGGAGAGUACUCUGUUGCUUUGCUUGAGAUGUAUUCUGGGGAGUGGUACCCUGCAAGACGUUCACGAUCAAUUGGAGUACUACAAGCUGGUCUUUGAGGAGGCGUCUAAAAAGACAUUGCCAUCUAGCCAGUUUGUUUAA